GGCCGGGCGGGCCUGGACGGCCUUGGACGGCGCGGCGGGCAGGCGCGGGUCAUGGACAGCGGCGCUGCGCAGCCCCGGGCCGAGCUGCCGAGCUUCGAGCCGUUCCGGGACUCCUACGGCUACGGCCAGCGCAGCCUCCGCCAGCUGCGGGAGCGCGAGUUCGGCCGGCUGGAAGGGACUGUCUACCUUGACCACGCUGGAGCCACCUUGUUCCCGCAAAGCCAACUGACAAACUUCACAAAGGACCUCCUGGAAAAUGUUUAUGGAAACCCGCAUAGCCAGAACAUCAGCAGCAAGCUCACGCAUGACACCGUGGAGCAGGUGCGCUACAGGAUCCUGGCGCACUUCCACACAUGCCCUGAGGACUACAGUGUCAUCUUCACGUCGGGCACCACAGCUGCCCUCAAGCUGGUGGCCGAGGCCUUCCCAUGGGUGGCCCCAGGCCCCGGGAGCAGCGGCAGCCACUUCUGUUACCUCACCGACAGCCACACAUCCGUGGUGGGCAUGAGGGAGGUCACCAAACUCCUGGGUGUCCCCUCCGUCCCCAUCAGCCCUGAGGACAUGGGCUCAGCUGAGAAACGGGGCCCAGACCCUGGGGACCCAGACUGCCAGGUCCCGCAUCUCUUCUGCUACCCGGCUCAGAGUAACUUUUCGGGAACCCGGUACCCUCUGUCCUGGAUCGGAGAGGUCAGGUCGGGACAGAGGUGUCCAGCGAGCGUGGCCGGGAAGUGGUUUGUGCUGCUCGACGCAGCCUCCUACGCCAGCACGGCACCCUUGGACCUGUCAGCCCACCAGGCCGACUUCGUGCCCCUCUCCUUCUACAAGAUCUUCGGCUUCCCCACGGGCCUGGGCGCACUGCUGCUCCGGAACCAGGCGGCCCCUCUGCUGAGGAAGACCUACUUCGGGGGCGGCACGGCUGCCUCGUACCUGGCCGGGGAGGAUUUCUACGUUGCCAGACAGCCGGUGGCCGAGAGGUUUGAAGAUGGCACCAUCUCAUUUCUGGACAUAAUAGCUCUAAAACAUGGAUUUGAUGCCCUGGAGCGCCUCACUGGCGGAAUGGAGUGUAUCAGGCAGCACACCUUCAGUCUGGCCCAGUACACCUACACAGCCUUGUCCGAGCUCCGCUACCCCAGUGGAGGCCGCGUGGUGAGGAUCUACAGCGACUCUGGCUUCGAAAGCCCCGAGGUUCAGGGUCCAAUCAUCAACUUUAACGUGCUGGAUGAGCUGGGCAAUGUCCUUGGCUACGCACAGGUGGAUAAGAUGGCCAGUCUUUACAAUAUCCAGGUGCGAACUGGCUGCUUCUGUAACACGGGUGCCUGCCAGCGGCACCUGGGGAUAAGCAAUGAGAUGGUCAAAAAGCAUCACCAGGCCGGUCAUGUCUGUGGAGAUGACAUGGACCUUGUGGAUGGGCAGCCGACAGGCUCAGUGAGGAUUUCCUUCGGGUAUAUGUCCACGCUGGAGGACGCCCAGGCCUUCCUCCAGUUCAUCAUUGCCACCAGACUGCACCCGCCCGCUGGCCGGCCUCUCCUGCAGGCCCUCACCUCAGAGGCCGAAGCCCUGGACACCUGUAGCCCCUCACCUUGGGAAGAUGUGUGUCCAGACACAGUUGGGACUUGUGCCGGAUCAUCGUCCUCAGUGGAGGCCCAGGGCGUGGACCUGCCUCUGCCUGUGGGCCCCGGCACCCAGCAGACCCCUGUGGAGAGAGUCGUGGAGGGGGACCCAGGCACCCACGUCAUCACCAACCUUUUCAUCUACCCCAUUAAGUCCUGCGCUGCCUUCGAGGUGACCAGCUGGCCUCUUGGAAGCCAAGGGCUGCUGUAUGACCGGAGCUGGAUGAUUGUGAAUCAUAACGGCAUUUGCCUGAGUCAGAAGCAGGAGCCCCGGCUCUGCCUGAUCCAGCCCGCCAUUGACCUGCAGCAAAGGACCAUGGUCAUCAGAGCCCGAGGGAUGGAGCCUAUAGAGGUGCCUCUGGAGGGGAACAGUGAACAGGCUCCGAUUUGCCAAAGCAAGGUUUGUGCAGACAGGGUCAAUACUUAUGAUUGUGGAGAAAAAAUUUCAAACUGGUUGUCAAAGUUUUUUGGCCGUCCAUGUCAUUUGAUCAGACAAAGUUCAGACUUUCAAAGAAAUGCAAAGAAGAAACACAGCAAAGAUCACCCCCCUGGGACAGCAGCCUCCCUGUCUCUGGUGAAUGAGGCCCAGUAUCUGCUGAUAAACAGAUGCAGUAUUUUGGAACUUCAGCAGCAAUUAGAUGCCAGUGGUGAGAAUGGAAAGGUGGGGUCAUUCCCAGCGAAGGAUCUCAUCUCGAGGUUUCGUGCCAACAUCAUUACCAACGGAACCAGGGCUUUCGAAGAAGAGAACUGGGAUGCAGUUUCGGUUGGUUCCUUGCAAUUCCAGGUGGUCGGGCCUUGUCACAGAUGCCAGAUGAUCUGCAUUGACCAGCAAACGGGGCAGCGAAACCAAGAUGUCUUCCAAAAGCUUUCUGAGAGUCGACAGAGAAAAGUGAACUUCGGUGUGUACUUGAUGCACUCGUCUUUGGAUUUAUCUGCUCCGUGUUUCCUGUCUGUAGGAUCUCAGCUGCUCCCGGUAAUAAAGACAGAACAGCCCAGUUCACCUGCUUCUGAGAAACAUCAGGGUUUUAUCUCCUAAAAGUUUUUCAA